AUGCUCUGCAGAGUCCGCCGAGAAGAGUUGCACGCAUCGGAUGAGUCCUCAUGGAGCGAGAGUGAAGUAGACGCCGAGCUGGAGGCAAGGCUCAAUGCGCAAAUCGCCAAGUCACUGGGCAUAGACGAAAGCGCCUAUCGUCCACCGCAGCCCCCAGUCACCUUGCCUGCGCUCAGCUCUGAUUCAGAAAGCGAACCGGACACCCCCGUUGGCGAUUCUACGCCCAGCGACCAAGGUGGCGAAGAAGCCGAGGAUGAAGGCUACGCAUUCCGGCUCUUCAGCACGGCUGGCCCGGCGCCCAAGGUCGUGUUGGAGGAUUACGACAAAGUAGUAGAGGGGAAGAUUCUCAGGGGUCCGCCGUUAUCAUACUACUUGGCAACAGACGUGUCACCCGAGAAGAAGCGCGAGUAUGAGGUGGCAGCCGUGAGCGGCGAAGACGUCCUUGCGCGAUCCAAAGUGAGGCACUGGGGCCUUGAGCUCCCCUGGAAAGUCACGAGCAUCAAAACAACAAGAAAGGCCCGCCCCGGGGAAGCGGUAAACCACGACGCGCAGAUGGAAGGCGAGCAGCAGGCGAGGAGGAAGCGGCCGGGGAAGAAGAGCAGAAUUGCGAUGCGGAAGAAGGCAAGGGCGCAGGCGCAGGCGGAGGAGGAGGCGAAGAAGAAGAUGGCGGACAAGGAGGAGCAGAUCAAGGAGAAGAAGAAGAGGCUGAACCGCUUGAAGAAGCUGAGGAGGCGGGCGCAGAAGAAGGCCGAGAAGGGCGAGAAUGGUGAGGGCGGCGGCGGCGGUGGUGGUGGUGGAUCGGGAGAGGGUUCUUCUGACGAGGAGUGAGAGA